AUGUCAUUGACAGAGCGGCAAAAGCGUCUUCUACAGACGGGUGACUAUUCUGACUUCAUCCUGACUGUCGAGGGAAGAGAGCUCAAAAUUCAUCGUAACAUCGUCUGCUCUCAGUCACCUAUGUUGCACCAUCUGUGUAACGGCAGUUCUGAGGAAGAACAUGGAGGUCGCGGAACACUCGCCGAAGAGAAUGCCGACAUCUUCGAGAAAGUCCUCGAAUACUUGUACACGGGAGAAUACGACCUUUCGACAGAGAACCUUGAACCCAUCGUUGACCAAGACAAUGAGGUGCUUGUCGAUUAUGAGGGAAUGCCAGAAGUCGAUACUACAGAACCCGCAAAGAACAAGAUAGAAACCCUCCGCCGACAGUCGGAGCAGCUCAUGGUUCAUACAGAGGUGUACCUGUUGGCCAAGUACCUAGAUAUCAGCGAGCUUAUACAGCUUGCCACAAACAAAUUCAUAGCCACGGUCAAAGAAAACUUCCGAGCCGAUGCCUUUGUCGAACCAUUUUCCCGAGUUUUUGAGCAUGGCGCAGAUGGUGACAGUGGACUAAGAGCUCAAAUUCUCCUCCUUUGCUUGGAGAACUCUCAACAUAUUGCACAAGACACAGAGUUGGCCAAGUUGCUCUUGCAUCACGAGCCCAUCACCUGGAAGAUGCUAUUACUGCAGGCUCGCAAACACACCUCUCUGGUAGAUGAGAUUAUGGAAGGGCAGCGAGCCCUUGAAAAGCAGCAUACGCAAACCCAGCAAAAAUCCAUCGAGAUGCUUUCGCAAAAAUUUGAAACUCAGCGAAUCCAUGAGAAGAAUGUGCAAACGUUGCAAAACACCAUCGAGACCCUGAACCAGAAGGUUGAAGACAUUGAGAAACACUGGGACGACAUGUGCAAAUUGCUCCAGAAAUAUGACGAAUGUCGCAACUGCGGGAACGAGUUUGGCUCAUACAUUAAAAAGGACGAGGUCAGGAAGAUGCGGUGUAAGCAUUGCCAAUGCCGACAUUCUCUGGACCCAUGA